UCUGAGGCUUUAUGCUUAGACUACCUCUUUGCUCGUACAUCUGCAACUGCAUAGCGGCGACAGAGCAAAAAAAGCAAGAAGCGGUUCGUUCCAUCAUCGACGGCUUACAACAAUCCAUCCUGUAAAACCGUUAUCUCGCUAUGUAUGUUGACUAACACAAGCAGACUCGUCAAAAUCCCGUUCAGGUUUCAUGUGUUUAAAUCUCCUUAUAUGCUCUUUUCUGUUUCUCUUUUAUCUACACAUCACCCUUCAAAGACCACAGAAUCUGAAGAAAAUUCUGUCUAUCGUGUCUCGAGUUUAAUUAACAAGCCCGACUGGGUUCGAAACAGUACUCUUAAGUCACUGGCAUCUCAUUUGACCCCACAUGAUGCUGCAAAGAUUAUAGAACUCAACAGGACAAAAGUCGACGUCGGUGUUCAAUUUUUCAAGUGGAUUUGCAAGCAAUCCACGUAUUGCUACGAUACAAGCAGUAAGAUUCUUCUUUUGCAUUUAAUUGUUUCCUCCAAGUCAUAUGGGGUUGCUCAUAAAGCCAUAAUUGUGUUGAUUAAGGAGUGUUGUGAAAACCAAAGUGAGAUCUUGACGCUGAUGGAGGCGCUCGAUGAAAUGAGAAUGGAUGGGUUUAGUCUAAAUUACCCUUGUUAUUGCACUCUUUUGAUGUGUUUGGCGAAGUUGGAUAUGGGUCUUGCAGCAUUCAAUGUUUACAAGAGAAUGGUUAGUGAGGGCUUCUGUGUUUGUGGGAUUGUUUAUAGAACAAUAAUCAACGCCCUGUGCAAGAGUGGAUUUGUACAAGCUGCUGAGAUGUUUGUAUGUAGGAUCUUGAAAUUUGGGUUUCGCUUGGAUAGUCAUAUUUGUACUUCUAUGGUGCUGGGUUAUUGUAGGGAAAAAGAUCUCCAGGAGGCACACAGGGUGUUUGAUAUAAUGUCUAAAGGAGAUAGUUAUAAGCCCAAUUCAGUAACCUACACAAUGCUUAUCCAUGGGUUAUGUGAGGUGGACAAGUCGAAAGAAGCCUUUGGCUUGAAAGAAGAAAUGAUAAAUGGGGGCUGCCAGCCAUCUACUCGUACAUAUACCGUACUCAUAAAAGCUGUUUGCGAUGUUGGAUUGAUUGAUAAAGCUUUAAGCUUGCUUGAUGAGAUGGUUAGUAAGGGAUGUAAACCAAAUGUCCAUACUUAUACUGUUUUGAUUGAUGGAUUAUGCAGAGAAGGAAAGAUGGAGGAGGCUCAUGGGAUGUUCCAUAGAAUGCUAGAAGAACGGUUGUUUCCUGGCACUAUAACUUACAACUCACUAAUUAAUGGGUAUUGCAAAGAAGGACAGGUUAUUUCUGCUUUGGAGGUGCUUGCAGUGAUGGAGAAGCGAAACUGCAGGCCCAAUAUUCGCACGUACAAUGAGCUUAUCGAAGGGUUAUGCAGAGUUAACGAAUCUGACAAAGCGGCGUUACUAUUGAGAAAGGUGGUUGAGAAUGGCUUAUUGCCUAACGAAGUAACAUAUAAUAUUAUGAUUGAUGGAUUCUGCCGAGAAGGUCAACUGGACAUUGCUUUAAAGAUGUUUAGUUCGAUGAAUUCGUUAGGUGUUGAGCCCGACAAUAAUACUUUCACUAUAUUAUUCGACCAGCUGUGCAAACAAGAGAGACCAGAACUAGCAAAUGGGCUUUUGGGUUUGAUGGAAAAGAAGGGAAUAUCGCCUGAUGAAGUAAUGUUUACUGCUCUUAUUGAUGGCUUUUGCAAAGUUGGUAAACUUGGAGAUGCAUUAUUGCUUUUCGAAAGGAUGUUGGAGACUGUAUUUUUGACAAGCCCUCACACACUCAACUUAUUUCUUGAUGUGUUCUGCAAAGAAAAUAAGUUAAAAGAACAAUAUGCAGUAUUUGGAAAGAUUAUAAAGUACGGCUUAGUUCCUUCCGUAGUGACUUAUACGACUUUAAUAGAUGGUCUGUGUCGAGCAGGCAACGUUACUGCUUCCUUAAACAUGCUGGAUUUGAUGAAGCGGGUUAGUUGUGCCCCAAAUGUCUAUACAUAUACUAUUCUCUUAAACAGUCUGUGCCAGAAUGGAAGAAUUGAGGAAGCUGAGACACUUCUUUCCGAUAUGUUGAAUUCAGGUGUAUCUCCAAACUAUGUCACUUAUGCUGUGUUAGUAAAAGCACAUAUAAAUGUAGGUAGGUUCGAACGUGCUCUUGAUAUUUUGAACGACGUUAAAAAAGAACACAAUGGAAAUACAAUUCGCGGAUCAAAUUAUUUUUGAUAUUUUUGGAUACUUAAUUUUGUCUUGCUCAUCAAUUACAUGAUGCAAUUCUCGGUAAUCUUGUUUUUAAGAACUGCUGUUGGCGAUUCUGCUUGAUGGUUCCCGUUUUGGAA